AUGGCCACUGAAUCAGAGACCGCGGCUCAGCCGCGGGGCCCCACCGUCCAGGGCGAGCGCCUCCCUGUCGGUAGCCUGGAGGGCGAGGAUGCCUUCGAGGAGUCAUCCCCAUUUGAGUGCAACAUCUGCCUGGAUCUGGCAAAGGACCCCGUGGUGACGCUGUGCGGGCACCUGUACUGCUGGCCUUGCCUCUUUCGAUGGAACCAGUCGCUGCAGUCCCAGGCUGGCGGUAACAACGACAAGUGCCCUGUAUGCAAGGCCAACAUGGACGUGAGCGAGGUGAUUCCCAUCUACUGCCGGCAGGCGGAAGGCCAGGAGGCCCCGGAAGGAAGGCAGCCUCUGCCGCCUCGACCUGCAGGCCAGCGGCCAAAGGUUGCUGCUCGAUCUCUGGCAUCGUCCUUUGGAGUUGGCCAGUCCAGCCCCCAGCCUGGCUUCCUGGGCCUCCUAAUCGGGAUCAACGGGGGAGGCCACGGGUCCGCCAUGACGCCCGAGCAGCAGCACCAGGCAUUUCUGUCCCGGCUAUUGCUUCUCCUCGGAUCCUUUGUGAUCCUGUGCCUUCUGCUAUUUUGA